AUGGCGACAAGACUUCUGCUUUUUCCUAAAGUCGUCAGAUUUCCAACAUGUACAAGUAGAUGGUAUUCAAGCGGUGUUUCUCCGUUGACUGUUGAUAAAUUGGAUGGAAAGUAUGAAGGUAAUUUCCUAUUUUUCGAUUAUUUGUAUAAUAAUAUUGUUGUAGGCAUCAGAGUGAUUCGAUUACAUAAGCCCGACACCAAAAAUGCUCUGUCCAAACUGAUGUUAUCAAAGGUAAAAAUGAAGUUUGGGCGACAAAAUGUAAUGAUAAUUUGUUUUCAGUUUCGUGAAGCAGUGGCUGAACUAAAAUUUGACAAAUCCGCCCGAGUACUCAUAAUCAAGUCCGAUGUUGAUGGUGCCUUUUGUACUGGUGCAGACCUGAAGGAGCGAAAAACAAUGCCUGAACAUGAAGUUCCGAAAUUCGUGGAUGGGAUUCGAUCGGCCUUUGAUGAAGUCAGUGCCUUACCGUUACCUGUCAUCGCUGCGGUCGAUGGAUUCGCAUUGGGCGGUGGCUUCGAAUUGGCUUUGGCUUGCGACAUUAGGGUUGUAUGUAAGUCACUUAGUAGUUUCGGCUGACAAUCACGUUUUAGAUGUUGUAUUCAGGUAUUUGGAGCAUUUUGGCUGAUUUGGCCUAUGAGGUCUCGUGUUUUUAUCUAGUUUUUCGUUUACAGUAUCCCUGUUUCAGCCCCAAGAUCAAAAAUCGGCCUAGUAGAAACCAAAAUCGCCAUUAUCCCGGGAGCCGGUGGAUCUCAGAGAUUGCCAAGACUCGUUGGCCCUGCAUUGGCCAAAGAACUGAUUUUUACCGGUCGAAUUGUAACUGGACCCGAGGCUGUGAAGUUAGGCCUAGCUAAUCAUUGUGUAGACGAACCGUAUAAUAAAGCCAAGGAAAUUGCCAGCGACAUUUUGAAAACGGUAUGAAUUUUAAAUAUUGAAAUUUUAAAAUCAAAGUUUUUUUUACUUUUUCGUUUAUAAUUUCUUAAAUAUUCGUAUUUUAGGGCCCAGUAGCCAUUCGUGUAGCCAAAACAGCGAUCGACAAAGGAAUUGAAACUGAUCUGCGGACUGGAUUGGUCAUUGAACAACAAUGUUAUGCCCAAGUCAUCAAUACAAAAGAUCGUCUGGAAGGAUUGGCAGCAUUUUCCGAAAAACGACCGCCAGUUUUUAAAGGAGAAUAA